UGGCGCUGCUUUAGUAGCCACGUAAGAUUGACAGCUCACAGUGACAAGUAAUUAAUGCCUUUUAUUUAGAAAAUAUAAUUUUCAAUAGUUCUUUAAUAUGUACUAACGUUUAAUCAAGGGAUAUAAUUUAUUAACGUCGAGCGAGUCCAUAAUGUCUCAGUCAAACAUGAUGAAUCAGAAUAAUAUGCCGAACGGGAUGCCUCCCCACAUGAAUGGAAUCGAUUCGUCGCAUUCUUCCCGAGAUUCGUCGCCAACCGUGAGGUACCCGUACAUGACGCAAGGUCCAAUGGCACCUCACAGGCCUAUACCGGCGAACCAAUUGCCGCCGACGUCGAAGACGAUAAACCAGCUGAGUCAAAACUAUUCGAAUCUGCAAAUAAACAAUCAAUUGACGCCGCGGACGAGUCCGAAAAUGUUUAGUACAUCAACGCCCAAUGAGCAAGUAAAGGAUAACCAGUCGCAGCCGGCCAUUGACCGGAACAAGAGUCAGCAGAGUCAAGGCGGCGUCUUAUCCCCAAUUGGAUUUAAUCACUCGGCGACGAGUCACUUUUCGAAUGUCGCACUGAACGGAAACUCUGUUUCUAAUUUGGGGCAGACUAGUCAAAGGUUCAAUGUGCCAUCGAACUUCGGCGGGACUCAGCUUCCACACCAAAAUUCUUUGCCGAGCAACGCGGUAGCGCCGCCUCCACGACCCCCCUUGCAACAGACCUUAUCGCAACCACGACUCAUGGCAUACAACAACGGACCUGUUCCAACUUCAACAUCCAGUCCUCAGCACGCGGUACCGCAAAAUCACAUGACUCAAAGACCAUUGAUGAAUCAACCAAAUAGGAUGCCUAAUUUCAACCUACAACCAUCGGUUCCAGUGCAGUCUCCGGCGACGAGAAUGCCUACCCAGAUGAGGAUGCCAAAUAGUAUGCAACAGUAUCCAAAUAUGCAUCAGCAACAACAUCACCAGCAGCAGCAACAGAGAUAUCCUACUCCUCAGCAGUAUACUAACCAAUUACAAGCGAGUGAUCAACUUCCGAACGUGACUUCGAAUUCAGUGCACCAGAAUUCCACUCCAGCGCAAGAUAUUCCCAUUCGGGCGAAUCUACACUCAAACCGAUAUCCGACUCAACCUCAAUAUAACCAGAGCCAUCAGCAGCAACAAUAUACACAGCAGACCAUUCCCCUUCAACAACAACAACAGCAGAAAUUGCAGCAAAAUUUUUACCAGCAAUCGUCGCAGAACGUUGUUCAAUCUGGGUUUAACAAGUUGUGGGGUGUUGAAAAUUUCGAUCUGUUGCAGACACCAAACAUUUUGCCUAAAACGAAAGUGGAAGUUCCAAGAAUAACUUUGGGAAACGAGCUGCUGGAUCAUGCUAACUGUAAGCCAGAUAUUUUUCGCUGCACGAUGACGAAAAUACCGGAGAAUAAUUCGUUGCUGCAAAAGUCGCGUCUACCAUUGGGAGUUUUGAUUCAUCCUUUCAAAGAUUUAAAUCACUUGCCUGUAAUCCAAUGCAAUACGAUAGUUCGCUGCAGAUCGUGUAGGACUUAUAUUAAUCCAUAUGUAUAUUUCAUAGAUAGUAAGAAGUGGAAAUGUAACUUGUGCUAUAGAAUCAACGAAUUGCCUGAGGAAUUUCAAUACGAUCCUGUGACAAAAACGUACGGCGAUCCAUCGAGGCGGCCCGAGGUGAAGACGAGCACGAUAGAAUACAUUGCACCCUCUGAAUACAUGCUGAGGCCUCCGCAGGCCGCUAUCUAUUUAUUUUUGCUGGAUAUUUCGAGAGCAGCUAUCGAGAGUGGGUAUCUGCAUACCGUCUGUUCGGUGUUGCAGUCCGAGCUGAACAAUCUACCAGGAGAUACGCGAACUCAAGUUGGUUUUAUUGCAUACGACACAGCGUUGCACUUUUUCUCUUUUGCUGACGGCUUGAGUCAACCGCACGAGAUGACAGUCCUGGAUAUUGAUGACGUGUUUCUACCAUGCCCCGAUAAUUUGUUGGUGAAUUUACAAGACUGCAUGGAAUUAGUAACUGACUUGCUCGCCCAAUUACCAAAUAGAUAUAAUAAUUCGUUUGAGACAGGAUCUGCCCUCGGAGCAGCACUUCAGGCCUCCUAUAAAAUGAUGGCUAGUACCGGAGGCAGAGUCACCGUUUUCCAAGCGACUUUGCCGACAAUAGGACCUGGGGCUUUGAUCUCCAGAGAGGAUCCUAGCCAAAGAGCAGGGUCAGAUGUACAGCACCUGAAUCCCGCCAAUGAUUUCUACAAGCGAUUGGCGUUAGAAUGCAGCGGCCAGCAGAUUGCUGUCGAUAUAUUCUUCGCCAAUUCUCAGUACGUGGAUAUUGCUACAAUUUCAGGAAUCUGCAAAUUCAGUGGAGGUUGCAUGUAUCAUUUUCCAUUAUUCAAGGCGAGUCGGCAGUCGCAAAACGAGUCGUUUGAAAAAUGUUUGAGGAGAUAUUUGACUAGAAAAAUUGGUUUUGAAGCAGUGAUGCGAAUACGUUGCUCCAGAGGUUUGACUAUACAUACUUUUCAUGGUAAUUUCUUUGUGCGAUCAACUGAUUUACUCUCAUUACCUAACAUAAAUCCGGAUGCUGGCUUCGGUAUGCAGGUGUCAAUUGAGGAGAGUCUGUCAGACGUGAAGAGUAUAUGCUUUCAGGCAGCUCUACUGUACACCUCCAGUAAAGGUGAAAGGAGGAUUCGCGUACAUACAAUGUGCUUGCCCGUGGUAAAUAACUUGACGGAAAUUAUAAAUUCUGCAGAUCAGCAAUGUAUAAUUGGUUUGUUGAGCAAAAUGGCUGUAGAUAGAUCGGUGCAGUCAAAUCUAUCGGAUGCGAGAGAAGCGUUCAUAAAUGUGGCUAUCGACAUAUUGACCAGUUACAAAGCAUCGCAGAAUAUGGGCGCGACCAGUGGUCUUAUGGUCCCAAAUUGCUUGAGGUUAUUGCCUCUUUAUAUUUCUGCGCUGUUGAAGAGCAUUGCAUUCAGGUCUGGAGUGUCUACACGCUUGGAUGAUAGAGUGAAAGCCAUGUGCGACAUGAAGACUAGUCCGCUUCCCAAUCUUAUCCAACAAAUUUACCCAGAUCUGUACCCGGUCCAUAAUUUACAUGAUCAGAAUGUAAUUGAAAAUGAAGAUAAGGAACUAGUUCCGAUGCCUCCAAUCCUGCAACUGUCGGCGAGGAACAUCGAUUCGAAUGGGGCUUACCUGAUGGACAUGGGCACCCAUAUGGUUAUUAUUGUGUGCUCCGCAGUCUCGUCCAUGUUCCUUAACCACGUACUUGGCGUAUCCGACUACAAUUCCAUAAGUGAUGAAAUGUACGAGCUCCCAUCGCUCGACAAUGAGCACAAUCAACGACUACAUUUGUUAAUAAACUAUUUGAACGACGAGAAACCGAUGAACGCGACGCUGCAAAUAAUGCGCGAUAGCAGUCCGAACAGAAACAUGUUCUUUGAAAAAUUACUAGAAGACAGAAUAGAGACUGCCCUUUCGUACCACGAGUUCUUGCAACAUCUGAAAACCCAAGUGAAGUAGGACUAUGAUGAAUAGAUUCGAUAAUGAAAAUAUUAUUGCUCAAUAUUCUCGUUAUAUAUUCUCUUAUACGUUAUUUAUAGCAUUUACUUAGAUGCAAUAAUUAUUUGCAAUAAUAUUUUUAUUUAUCGCAUGAGUGUGUAUAGAAGAAAGAAAAACUUUAUUAUAUUAUUCAUUGGAGAGAAUUUCUUUGCCAUAC